CCUGAUGCAGCGUCGGAGAGCUGGAAGAGAAUUGGAAUUCCCCCAGUCACAUCAAACAAAUUCUUAACAGAACCUCACAGUCAUCCCAGGGAACUGGAAGUGGCAGGCAGGGAGGACACGAGAUUUGUGACGAUCACCGAUGAUUAGUUGUGUGUUAACGCACACGCAAGCAAAAGAGCUCUCCCCAGGACGCCAGCAGGGAAGAGCCACUGUCGCGCUCGCCCCGGGGAGCUCCUCGGGGGCCGGAUUUGCACCGAGAGCAACGCACCGCCUGGGAGCCGAGCUCUGCGCCUGGGGGCGGGACGCGGCGACCGCUCCCUCCGCCCCCCAGUCGCUGCCUCCGCCUGGCUGCGCCCCGGCCCAGCAGCUCAGGCGCGGCCGCAUCCCCGCGCACCGUAUCGGCGGCUCCGGGCCGCAGAAAGGUUGGGCGAGCCCGAACGCGAGAGGACCUGGCCCAGGCUCGGCGGGCAGCUCCGGGCGCAGCUGGGGACAUGGUAUACUGAAAAGGCACUCCAUCAAGAGAAAUCUGGGGGAAGGAGGAACCUAUAAAAUUACUGAGGCAACACACUAGCAGAAAAGAUUGAGGAAAGAAAGUUUCUCAGAGUUUCUUCCUAAACCUGUGUUAGAAAUAACAGCGUAUUUUAUUCAGAUAUUUAUGUUGCUAUGAGGACAGACUCAUCAGAAAUGACUGAUGUGGAGCCUGGGGUCAACAAUUUUGCAUCUUCAGCAAGGGCAGGCCGCCGGAAUGCCUUACCAGAUAUCCAGAGUUCGGCUCUCACAGGCGGAACCUCAGAUUUGCCCCUGAAACUGGAAGCUCUCUCCGUGAAGGAAGAUGUAAAAAAGAAAGAUGAAGAAACAACACAAGACCAAUCCAAAAAGCCCCAAAAUGAAGGAAAAUGAAGGCUCAUAAUCUGUCAAGAGCGCAGAAUUUUUGCAAGUUGAAAGACUUGGUGGCUCUGUUUUCCUGAGAUGUUUGAUCUGGUGGUAACUAUGGUAACAUUGCAGCCCUAAGCAACAUGUGUGUAUUAGAUAAUUUUGUUGUGAUGCUACUCACUUGGAUUGCAGCAAUGAUGUCCAAAGUAGGGUAUUAAAAGGCAGGUUACUUCCAAAUUGCACAUGAGAAAAAGGUUAAAAAUGCAUGAUCACUUAAAUACAUAUCAUUGUCUAUAAACCCAACAAAAUUCACUGUUCUCUUUUGGAUUUAUUUAAACAGAUGUAUUUUUAAUUUAAUUUUUGUGGUGAUGAGAAAAUCACUUAUUUGUAAAUGUAAACCAAACACCAUUAACUUAAAACUUUAUGGAAUUGUAGGAAAUUAUGGUGGUUUUUUUUUGGUAAGAAGGAACAACAGAAUGGUCAAAAUUCACAUGGAUAGAAUGUGUUUGUUUUUAACCAAAAAUGCACCAGAUUUUUUUCCCAAACCUUAAGAAAGAUUUGGAAAAAUUGUAAAAGUUUGACAAAAUAAAUAUCUCUAGUAUAUUUUUGUCUGACACAUUUUGCUUCUAGUCUGUGCAUACUGUGAUUUUUCAUGUAGCCCUUUAAAUGCAAAAUUUGUGACUAAUUGUUUAUAUGGAACAUGCCUAUUAAAUGAAUUUUAUUAUCUUCC